AUACAGUCAAGGCUACGGUUUAUCGGGCGACCGACGCGCGCGGUGUUGAUCAUGUUGUUUAUAACAACAAACUUCAAAUAAAUAUAAAACUGUGAUAAAAAGUAUAAGGGGGAAUAAGGAUUGUUGAAUAACUGGUUUUUUUUUUCAAGUCAUGGCACGGAACUCUGAAAAACCAUCAACGGAUCGACGACAAGUCAGCUUUCCGCAUUUAGAAUACCCCGUAACGCGCGAAGAUGAGCCCAAGACUGCUCAGCAAUGGCUGAAAGGCAAGCGCCUGCAAGACGGCGCUGAGGGCCUGUGGAGGAUACACGACUCGCUCUACGACCUGACCAGCUUUGUGGACGUGCACCCGGGCGGUACACAGUGGAUCACAGUUACUAAGGGAACUGAUAUAACAGAAGCCUUCGAAACACACCACCUGAAAGGCGUCGCCGAAGAACAGCUGCCCAAAUACUUCGUCAAGAAAACUGACGCACCAAGGAACUCUCCGUUCACUUUCACAGAAGAUGGUUUCUACAAGACCUUAAAGCAAAAGGUGGCUGAGAAGCUAAAUGAAAUUCCCAAGGACGUUAGAAAGCGAAGUGACUUUGUCACCGACAACUUAUUGGUUGCUUUCGUUGCUGUUAGUUCACUGUCAUGUUGGAUGAUGAGCAGAAACAUUUGGGUGGGACUAGCUUUGAUCCCGGCCAGUGGAUAUAUUCUGUCCAGCCUUGUGACCGCUUCUCAUAAUUAUUUCCAUAGACGGGAUAAUUGGAGAAUGUACAUAUUCAACCUCAAUGGAUCGUCCUAUUCGGACUGGCGCAUAUCCCACGCAAUGUCGCAUCACUUGCAUACGAACACGGCUCAAGACAUCGAGCUGAGUGUGCUGGAGCCGUUUAUGCAGUACUUGCCGUACAGGACUAAGUCGCUACUCGAGAAAUUGGCUGCGUUGUAUUGGCCCAUUGUGUACUCAGUUGCAAUGGUGGUGAUAAUGGCGAAGGAAUUCGUAUGCUGCGCCAUAGGGCUCGAAGGCAAGCGGCUAACCUUAGCCAACGCCAUUCCGUUCCUAGUGCCUACGUGGAUGUGGUACUUUGGAGGUCUCCCCUUGCACUGGACGCUGGCAGUUUGGUUUUCUACGCUGGUAUUCGCCAGCUUCUUCUUUGUGACGUUCGGUCUGACUGCGGGCCAUCAUGCUCAUGAGAACUUCUUCGAGGGUGACAAACCUAGGGCCGAGUACAUUGACUGGGGCCUUCACCAGCUCGACACUGUGGUGGAGAGGAUCGACUACGCCGGCAACCACUUCAAGUCUCUGACGCGGUUCGGCGACCAUUAUCUCCACCACCUCUUCCCGACGGUAGACCACGCGGAGCUCAAGUACCUCUACCCCACACUGUACGAACACUGCAGCAAGUAUGAGGAACAACUGCGGACGACAACAUUCUACGGAGCGUUGAUAAGUAACUGUAAGCAAUUGAUUAGAAAUACGCCACAUGAUUUUUCGGAAAAAAAUAGAAAGUGAGCUGUAUGGUUCUUAUGAAUAGCUGAAACAUAUCUGAAGAUAAAAUGAUCCAAACUUCCAGAAGAUCUGGAUGUGAGGCUGAGCUUUCAUAGGAAUUGUGCAAGGUUGCGAAUGAAUUAAUUGUUGUUACUAGCAACAGUACUAGCAGCAACGUGCCUCUCGGUAUUGUUAAAGUCAUUUUCUAUGGCUUGUCAUGAGUUGA